AUGAACAAUGCAGACACGACAUCAUUUCAAAGCGUUCUGAGUGGUGUUCGAAAGCUUCAAGAUAAAAAUGCUAGUAUAUCAUAUCCAUCAAACGCAAGUAAUAGUGCGGAAUCAAAGGGGAAACGAGAGAUACAGACAGGGAAUGUCAUAAACUCCUUUAAUCAGCAAAAAGAUCACUUGAAUCGCCAAUUGUCACCAGAGGUACCAAGAGGCAAGAGAAGAAUUGAUUCUUUAGGAUCUGGCAAGACAAUACUAGUAAGUUCAUCGCAAAAAGGCAACCCUCUUUUGAAUUGCCUUACGAACACGAACUGGCGAUACGUAUCAUCUUCUGGCGGAACAAAGAUUUACUAUGAUUAUAACGUGAAAGGAAGAAAUGUUGUCUUUCUGUCUUUAAAGUAUCACAAACUACAUCCAGAAUACAUUGCGAAAAAAAUGCAACCUUUGAUCAAAAAGGGUAACAACAUUCUCAUAUGCGUAGUUGAUAUUGAGAGGUCGGAGGAUAUCUUAAAAGAUUUGAACAAAGAUUGCAUGUUUAAUGAUUUUGUUAUGCUUUUGGCAUUCAAUUUUGAACAGGCGGCGAAAUAUCUUAUGUUCAUGAAUAAAUGA